GAUCUGGACCAGCGGGGACGUGCUCAUCUUGGCACAAAAAGGAAGUGAUGACAUCUCGCCCAGGACCCCACAGGGGUUAGGGACCCGGCUGAGACUCGCACCCGGGCCUCAGCUUCCGACCCGCGGCCGCUUCCAGGCCCCUCUUUGCCGGAAGUGACCUUGGCGGCUGCGGACCCCGCUUCGGGGAGGAAGGCCCGCGGGAGGGCUGCGGAGCGACCCAGGCCGGAACCUUCCUUCCGCGGGGAACGGACAGGAGCAGCCGGAGGAGGGCGGGGACGGUCUUCCCGGACGGACGCGGAGGCGGCGGACUGCCAGGCUCUCUCUGCUGGACCCACAAGCCUCCCAUGGCGCCUUUUCACAUCCGCAAGUACCAGGAGAGCGACCGCCCGCGCGUCCUGGACCUGUUCUCCCGGGGCAUGCUUGAGCACGCCCCCAUCACCUUCCGCCACCUCCUGAGGCUGCCACAGACUCUUGUGCCCUUGCUUGGGGGGCCCCUGGCCCUGCUUCUGGUCUCUGGGUCCUGGCUUCUGGCCCUGGUGGCCGGCCUCGCCCUCCUGGCCGCCCUGAGGGUCCUGGCCAAAUACCCCUGGAGCCAGUAUGUGUCCAACUGUUUGCGCACAGACAUGUGCGACAUCAGCAAAACCUACCUGAGCGAGCCGGGCUCCUGCUUCUGGGUGGCCGAGCGUGAGGGGCAGGUGGUGGGCACGGUGGCAGCCCUGCCCGCUGGGGGGCCCGGCCUGCGGAAGGAGCAGCUGGAGCUGUUCCGCUUAAGCGUGUCCUGGGAGCACCGGGGCCAGGGGAUCGCCAGAGCCCUGGUCAGGACCGUCCUGCAGUUUGCGCGGGACCAGGGCUGCAGCGAGGUGGUCCUCAGCACUAGCAUGCUGCAGCACUCCGCCCUGGCCCUCUACCAGAGCAUGGGCUUCCGCAAGACCGGACAGUACUUCCCCGCCAUGAUUAACAGGAUAACUGCUAUUCACAUAGUUCAUUUAACCUACCGGCUCCCCUCGGCUCAGGCCUCUGAGGCGCCAGGGCAAUGACAGGGCCUGUGAUCUGUGUCAUUGUGGAUUAGUCAGGAUAGCACAGGCUCUGCCAGUGUAACAAGCUCACCCCGAAUCUCACUGUGACAGCUCAGUAAAGCUUCUGUUUGUUCACAUCGAGCCCCACGGGGAUGGUGGUGGUUCUGCUCCAUUUAGUCUUCUUCAGAUGCCACUGUUUUCAGGUAACUAGUGAUACAAGACUGUUCAUAAAGUCAAUCACAAAAGAAUAAUAAACAUUUACUUCGCUG